AUGUUACUUCGUAUACGUUCAAAAGAAGGUAUGAACAGAGUUCAAGUCGAGGGUGAUGAAACCUUUGGCGAUCUUGCACAAAAGAUAGCUGAACACUUGAAGAUCCAAGAUAUAUCCACAUUGGCAAUGGGAAAAGAUCCGAAUCCAUCUACUGCUGGUUCUAUAUCUCAGUUGGCCGAUAAAACCAUCCAUGAAGCAGGCCUCAAACAUGGAGAUAUUGUAUAUAUCCAUUAUGUCGAGCCUCAGGAAUUUCAGCAACAGCAACAAACGAUCAAUGGUACUGUUUCCUCAGACGAUGUCAAGCCCAACAAUGUCAAGCAGGAUGAAGUGGAUGACUUUUUAGAGAAGCAAAGAGGAUUGAUUGAUCGCAAAAAGGACCCUAAAUUCUGCCGUCAUGGAGAAAAUGCCAUGUGUGAUUACUGUAUGCCAUUAGAGCCUUAUGAUGCGAACUAUCUGGAAGAAAACAAAAUCAAGCACAUGUCGUUUCAUGCCUAUUUACGUCAAAUCAACGCAGCACAGCAAUCCAAGAAUGUUGCAGCAUCCAGCAACAGUGUACCUCCAUUGGAAGAACAAAACUUCAAAGUCAAAGUACCAUGCUCUGGUGGUCAUGCUCCAUGGCCUGAGGGAAUUUGUACCAAAUGCCAACCCAGUGCCAUCACACUCCAAAGACAAACCUAUCGCAUGGUAGAUCAUGUUGAAUUCUCUUCAGCAUCACUGAUUGAAUCCUUCUUGAACUACUGGCGUCAAUCUGGAUCUCAACGAUUUGGCUAUUUAUAUGGUCGUUAUGAGCCGUACCUCGAUGUACCAUUAGGUAUCAAAGCCGUGGUGGAAGCCAUUUACGAACCACCUCAGCAGGAUCACUCAGAUGGCAUUCAAUUGACACUGCCAUGGGAACAAGAGGCCAAGGUAAACCAAGCAGCUGAAGCUUGUGGAUUAGUGCAAGUGGGUAUGAUCUUUUCAGAUUUGGUGGAUGAUGGCACAGGCAAUGGUAGUGUGGUCGUCAAGCGACAUGUCAAUUCCUACUUCUUAUCGUCUCUGGAGUGUGUAUUUGCAGCUGAAAUGCAGCGUCGUCAUCCCAACAUGUGCAAGCAUUCAGUGUCUGGUAAAUACAGCUCCAAGUUUGUCACUUGUGUCAUCUCGGGCGAUAAUGAAGGCAACAUUGAUGUCAAGGCAUAUCAAGUAUCAGAUACACUGACUGCGCUUCAGGAGGCAGAAAUUAUAGAGCCCAGUAGAAAGCCAUCUGUUAUGCGAGUCAAAGACAGUAUCCCUCAUGAACGCUAUGUCCCUGAAGUCUUUUACAAGUUUAAGAAUGAAUACAACGUGCUUGUCAAGCAGUCUGCCAAGCCCACAUUUCCAGUGGAGUACCUGCUGGUCAAUGUCACGCAUGGUUUCCCUCACAACCCAUCACCCCUCUUCAACGCUGAAUCCACAUUCCCUGUAGAGAACAGAGAGGGUCUUAGCCAUCAAGAUAUCUCGGCUCUCGCGAAAUGCAUCAAAUCUGCACAUACCCAAGACGAAUUAAAGAAGGUUCUGGAUGAUUUCCAUGUCUUGUGCUUUAUUCAAUCCACAGAUACUCUUUCACCCGAAGAAUUCAAGCAACUGUGCCGUAUAGUCACCAGUCCCGACGGCAAUCUUGAUGAAUUGAACCAACUGAAUGGCUGGAGUACACUUCAAAUGGUAUUAAAGGAAGCAGGAACAGACAGCUCAUUGUCAACUAACGGUGGUCGAUCCUCCUCUUCCGCCGCAGCCCCAGUAGCAGCUCCCGUCAGUUGUAGACAUUGCACAUUUACCAACCCUCCAGGCAUUGAGAGCUGUGAGAUGUGCGGCUUACCAUUAACUGGAUAA